UUUCACUUACAACUCAAUACUUAUCUUUUGCAUAGAAUCUCAUUACUUAUUUAUAAAAACUGGAAAAACAAAAUCUCUCUCUUGGCGUUUUCUUGAAGCAUAAGAUGAAUAAGCUCUUCAUCGUUUCCAUGUUGGCUCUGUUAAUAAUGCUAACUUCUUAUGGAGCUGCAGGAGAAACGGCGUACAGGGAGCUUGAUAUUCUUGGGAAUCUUGAGAACCUCGACGUGCCUCAAGAUGAUAUCGACGAUGAUGUUACGUUCUUUGAUUUCUCUUCGAUUACAAGCCAGUUUUCUGGUAAGAACCUGGUGAAUGUGGAUAGCUUCGGUGCAGCCGGAGAUGGAGUUUCUGAUGAUACUCAGGCCUUUGUAAGCGCAUGGAAGAUGGCCUGCUCUGCACCAAGAUCUGUGUUACUGGUACCACAAGGACGACGGUAUUUAGUCAACGCUACAAAAUUCAAUGGUCCAUGUCAAGAAAGUUUAAUUAUUCAGAUUGAUGGAACAAUCGUGGCACCAGAUGAUCCCAGCCAAUGGAACCCGGGAUUCCAAAGGGUUUGGCUCGAAUUUUCAAGACUCGAAGGUGUUGUAUUCCAAGGAAAUGGAGUUAUAGAUGGUUCUGGUACCAAAUGGUGGGCUGCUUCUUGCAAGAAGAACAAGUCUAACCCUUGCAUAGGUGCACCUACGGCGGUGACCAUAGAUUCAAGUUCAAGUGUGUAUGUGAGAGGCCUAACAAUCCGAAACAGCCAACAGAUGCAUUUGAGCAUUUCUCGGUCACAUACAGUUCGAAUCUCUAGAGUUAUGGUCACAUCUCCCGGAGACAGUCCAAACACAGAUGGAAUCCAUAUCACUGCAUCGACUAAUGUUAUAAUCCAAGACUGUAAAAUCAGCACAGGUGAUGACUGCGUCUCAAUUGUGAAUGCAAGCUCGAGGAUAAAGAUGAAGAAGAUCUAUUGUGGACCAGGACAUGGAAUCAGUAUUGGAAGCCUUGGAAGAGGAAACUCUACAGCAACCGUCACAGCGAUUGUGUUGGACACUGCGCUUCUAAAGAACACAACUAAUGGUCUAAGAAUCAAGACAUGGCAGGGUGGUAAUGGUUACGUUAAGGGUGUACGUUUUGAGAACGUAGAGAUGCAGGACGUUGCGAAUCCGAUUAUAAUCGAUCAGUUCUACUGCGAUUCGCCAUCAACUUGUCAAAACCAGACAUCAGCGGUUCACAUCACCGAGAUAAUGUAUAGAAACAUAACCGGAACCACAAAGAGCGCAAAGGCCAUCAAAUUCGCCUGCAGUGACGCAGUCCCUUGCAGCCACAUUGUCCUCAACAAUGUGAAUUUGGAAGGCAAAGAUGGAAAAGUCGAAGCAUACUGUAACUCAGCUGAAGGGUUUGGUUAUGGAGUGGUUCAUCCCUCUGCGGACUGUCUGGAUACGCAUGACGACAAGAGCUUGGAUCAAACUCAGUAUUUUGCAGAAACUGUUAUGGUCGGAGAAGAAACUGAAAAUGCUCACGACGAGCUUUAAAGUGAUCGGAUUUUGACAGUCGCUGUAGUGAGGAUUGUUGUAAUAUAGUUUGUACGCAUUCAUCUUUAGCAACUGACAUAUAUACAUGUAUUAGCUUGGAAAUGAACCAAAUACAGUUGAUAUAUACAGUAAAGAAUCUAUUUGUAUCAAAAAGUAUUUGUUUACUCGGUAGUUUCAACUUUCUGAAAUAACUCAGUUUUGUCAGAGAAACAAACAAAACAAGAAUAGUAUCUCUGUGUUCAUCUUUUAGCCAUGUCAAAACCCAAAACUCAAGAAGCAGAAUCAACGGUAGCUUCAGAAUCUUCUUUCCUCUUCAAAUAUUCAUUCAAGAUUGUUAGCCUCGCGGUCUCAAACGCAAAAUACCCAAUCGCCGAGAAACAAGCGCUAUGAACAACACGAGGCCCCAUCCCUCGUGUAAAACCGACCCAGCCUUCCUCUUUAAGGAUCUGCCUCACCGUCCCGGUCACACCGGUGUACACAGCAGCACCGAGCUUAUUCACUGCAUCGACCUGAACCUGAGUCAUGAGCCUCGUCUUCACCACAUCCAACGGUGUGGUUAUCGAAGCAGAUAUAGCACCAGCCAACGCGCCACAGCAAACGCUCUGCAACGGCUCAAGAUGGCUCUGCUUCGUUUUCUCCAAGACGGCGGCUUUCAGGUAUUCAAACGACGAGUAGCUCAGCACGCCGGCCGGUAAGUUCCUCAGCAAUGUGGCGGAGUAGCCGGCGUAAAGCCCCAAGAUCCCAUCUUUCUCAAGAAUCUUGAGCAGAACUUGGUAAGAUCUCCCGCUAGCUCCAGCUUGCAUCCUCUGUGUGAUGAGCUCUUUCGGUACCAUUAUCGCAGAUGAGAUUAUGUUUCCCAUGGCGCCAGCUGUCGGCGGGAUGAGAACCGGAGGGAACCCCAUGGAUUUGGAGAGGAGGGACUUACCGAACUCGCAGGUGCCGAAGUAGACGGCGGAGGAGAACGUAGAGCCGACGAUCACGGCGGAGACGCCGCUGUAGAAGCCUAGAAUCCCUUUGGACUGAAAAGUCUUCACUAUAGCAUCGAAGCUGCUGCUGUACAGCUGAGACGCGCCUUUCGUCUGAAGCUUGGUUUUGAUUGUGUCUAAUGGGAGAAGACAGACGUAUGUGAACGCGCCGGCGAUUCCUCCCGCUCCUGCUCCGAUUAGUGCUCGUUCGAAGACGGAGAGAUGCUUCGUAAGUGUCUGAAUUUUCGGACUGCUUCGUGAUGCCGGUUUGAUCCAUUUGAGGAAUUCCGGUCUGGAAUCGGAGACCGACGCAGAUGCAAACGGCGCGUUGAGCAAAACGGAUCUUCCGGUGGAUGAUUCUGAGAAUUUCGGUGAUUUUCGAGAGAGUUUGGUUUUGGCUUCAGGGUUUCUGACGGUGGGGAUUUGCACGGAGGAGGUGAGAUUUGAGAAAUGAGUUAAGAGGGAAUUAAAAUCGUUAGGAAGAAGGCAUUGAUUAAGAUUCGGAGACGGGAGGCCAAGAGUUUCGGAGAUUCUCGCUUCCAUGGCUGAUUUGGGGAAGCUGAAGGAGGCGAAGAAGGAGACGACGAUGAUGAUACUCGAGAAAAUGAAAUGGAGCAGAGUGUAGUGGUAAACAGAAAGCUAAAACGGCAUGAAGUUGACUGAAUCAUACUCGAAAAUAGAGAAACUUCGCGC